GGGGGAAGAAAUGGUGAUGGUACGAAAGGGUUAGGGUUGUGAUGGGCAUCCUCUCAGAUCUCGAUCCAUUGGGGUUGUCUCUCGUGAGGACUUGAAAUCUUACGGUAACCGAGGUCGGUAUUGGACUGCCAGUGGGCUAAUCCAAUUGAAACUUUAAUUGGGGUCAAUUGACCCCAUCCGCUAACAGGGAGAAAAUAUGAAUCCAUAACCUGAAGGAAGGCGCGGAGAGAACGGUCCUCCACCUGCCCCGGCUCGACUUACAAAUCAAUUAAAAGUCUCCGGACCUUCAACCAAAGAAAAAUAACACAAUGUGAAACAUCGAGAGCAAUUUCGUUUUUAUCAAUUCUCUCUUUAGACACUUUGGUUCGUUCAAUUGACCCUAUGUGGCGCGUCUGGAACAUUCGGGCCUAAUGUAAAUACUGCAAUCGUUGAGCCAUGACGACCCCUUUCAACACGCGUCGACACGGCGACGACGAUGACAGCUCGGCAACAUCACCAACCGUGGCCGAAGACACGCCUCUCCUCCGCUCCGAGUCCAGCUCGAUAACCGCCCGGGAUGGUUCACCUGCAAGCAAUCGGCAGCCCGGCCCCAUCCCGGAGCAGCCGCCGCUGGGCUGGAAGCGAACAACCUGCAUCGUAUUCAGCAUGUGGGCGCUCAUUUUCCUGCAAGCCAGCAAUAUGAGCGGCAUUUCGACCACCCAGUCCACCAUUGCCGCCGACCUGGACGCUUACGAGUCGGCCAUGUGGUUCACGAGCGCCUACAUGAUCAGCAUGUCCUCGGUAGCGCCGCUUGCUGGUAGGCUGGCCAUGAUUUUCUCGCCGGCCACCAUGGUCCUGCUAGCCUCGGGGUGCUUCUCGGUGGGAGCCUUGGUGACUGCUGUGGCGCCGACCUUUGCCGUGUUCAUCCUCGGGAGAGUCAUGCUAGGUAUCGGCAGCGGAGGCAUUAUGACGCUGUGCAUGAUUCUCGUCAUCCAGCUUACCUCGAAAAAGCGGAGGGGGCUGUGGAUAGGAUUGACCAACGCUGGGUUCACGCUCGGUGUGUCGGCUGGUGCCGUGGUGUUUGGCGCUUUGCUGCCGGUACUUGGAUGGAGGCUUCUAUUCGGAGCCCAAGCCCCAAUGGCGGCCCUCGCUGGCCUCGGUGUCAGCCUCAGCAUCCCCCAUUUCGCCACGGAUGAAAACGCCAAGGAUAAAACGACCCUGCAGAAGCUCGCCGGUCUCGAUUACGCCGGCGCGGUAUCUUUGACCGUCACCAUCGUCCUCUUUCUCUACGGCCUUUCCGGCACCAUUCAGCCGCUGCCUAUCGCCCUCUCCCUCAUCACCCUCGCCGUCUUCCUCCUCGUCGAGUCCCGCGCCAAGGACCCCGUCCUCCCCUUAACAGUGCUCAAGUCCCGCGGUGUCCUACUAUCCUGCUUCUCGCAGCUCGGCUUCAUGGCCGCCCGCUGGACGGUGCUUUUCUACGCGCCCAUCUUUGUCCUCGCGGUGCGCGGCUUGUCGCCUGCCGUCGCGGGUUCCGUCCUGAUUCCCACAAACGCCGGCUUCGGUAUCGGCGGCCUGAUUGUCGGGGCCUUGCAUAUCCGCCAUGCCGGGUCUUUCUGGUUUCCCGGGCUCCUGUCCCUAACCCUGUUCUCAGUAACGCUAUUCGUACUCGCGUUCGUGAGCAACGCGGCCACGUCAACCUGGCUGUACGUCACCGUCGUCUUUAUUAACGGACUGUGCACCGGGGCGGCGCUCAACUACACCCUGGCGCACCUCCUGUACCUGUCCAGCCCCGACGUGCACUUUAUUGUCACCGGGCUGCUGUCCACCUUCCGCGGGUUUGCCGGGAGUUUCGGCACGGCCAUCGGCGGCGGGGUGUUUACGCGGACACUACGUGAUGCACUGGUCGGCGGGUUCGAGAGACUGGAUGGCGGGGAGGGCCUGGGCAAGGCGAGGGAGAAAUUGAUUACCGUGCUGAUCGGCAGUCCCGCGGUGGUCUGGAAGGAGGGGGUUUUGAACGUGGCCGAGCGGGAGGUUGCUGUAUUUGGGUAUGAGCGGGCGUUGGAGGUACUCUACAAGUCGGCGGCCGCUAUGUGCGUGUUGGUGUUGGUCAUGCAGGCAGGGACGGGAUGGAAGGCGGCAGAGACAGGGGAUGAUGGGGAGUUUGAGGAGGCGGUUGAUGAGAGGGACCGUGGAGUGGAGGCAUGAUUGUUCCUCAAGGACCAAAAUUGGGAGAGGCCGAAAUCUACCAUUGGCCAAUGGCUCCCCCACGGGGUCUAAGAGGGUCCAGCAGGUGAACCACCUCGUUGCUACCAACCAACCCCUCGGCUCGACCCCUCGAUCCCUCGAACUCCUUCCCCAGAAUACAUCAUCAUCCGACAGGUAUAUACAUGUACGUACCGUUGCCAAGACACCCCAGCGCCUUGGCCACGAACGAACGACACGAGGCGAGCAGGGACCAGGGGACGCAACGGCACCCAUCCUGAUUGGACAGGAUACUUGCUGGCGAUGUCAUCGCUGCUUGGCUUGUGGCUGGCGAGGCAGUGCGUGCAAACUGUGCGAGGCAAGCACGCCAAAGUGCUGGGCUGGGCUUGCUUGCCGUGCUGCAGAUCAAAUAAUCAACGAGG